UUUAAACUGUGAGCAACCCAAGUCCUCCUUUAGAAAUCUGCUCUGGCUCAGAAAGUGAACAACUGGCGGCAGCGGCGAUUAAUUCUUUGAGAAACCUGUGGAAAAAAUUAUCGUGGAAAAAUGACGUAUUUCAGAAGGAGCUCCAACUGGUACGAGGGAUUCAGACUGGUUGAGCUCGAUGAGCGGAACGAGAAGUUCACCAAAGUCAAGGAAAAAGUGGCCGGCGCCCUGAAAAUCAGUAAGGUGUACGACAUCCACAACAGUACAACUUACGCCGCUUACGUGGCGACCAGAGAUCGCAUCCGCCGAGAAAGUGGCACCUUUGACAGGGUCAGUGAGCGCUACCUUUUCCACGGAUCGCCCUACGCCAAAGAGAUUGCUGAGAAGGGAUUUCACAAUCAACGUACCUUCUUUUCUGACAAAGCAAGUUACAGCGACAGUUACGCCAGGAAGAAUGGCAGCCGAGGAACCUUGUACAUGCUGGUGUGCAAAGUGGUGCUCGGAAGGAAUACUGAUCAUGGUCACUCUGGUGAUGAAUUCCACAUCAAUGAUGCCACUCAGGCCUUCCCGAGCUUCCUCAUCGAGUAUGACCCUUAGGAAAGUGACCUUCAAGCAGACCUCGUAGAAGGAAAAGAU